AGUGUGAAGUCACUGAAGGGAAACAAAGCCAGUAACAGCAAUAACCAACUACCGCACUCUGCCACACUCCGCUUCUCUUGGCUUCCGCCUUCCCCCUCCUCCUUUCCAGAGUCCACGCCAACCACUCCCACCGACAGCCUCGUCCCACCAAUCCACCCACCCGCCCACCGCCGCCGCCGCCGCCGCAUGACGGUGGCCCGCGGCCUGCCCGGCCGCCCCUCCUCCGCGCUCCUGGGCUGCUGGCGCCGGCGCCCGCCGCUGGGCUUUGGCGCCAAGGUCGCUCUCGCCAUCACGCUCGGCCUCUCCUUCGCCAUCAUCUGGACCUCACUCUCCCCGACCUCCUCCUCCCAGCAGAUCUCCACCGAGCGUUCCUCCUUCGCUGCCGACGUCGCCGCCCCGCCCCCCGCCUCCCACAACCGCACCACCAGCGGCGGCGGGGGCGGGCACACUCAUAGGAAUCCCCGCUCUGCCCCCCACGGCCACAAGAAGCGCCACCCUUCUCCGUCCGGAUCCCACUCACAUUCCCACCGCCCCAAUGCCACCGCCUCGCGGGAUGCCGCGGCGGCAAAGGCUGAUCGUGCCGAGCCGUCUCCAAUAAUUGACCAAGAACCCGAGGAGAAAAAGCCGGAGCAGGAGCUCGAGCCGGAGUCAGAUAUGGAGUGGGAGCCGGAACAGGAGGCGGAGCUGCCCAUGCCCGAGGAAAACACGGACAACGGGGGGAAAGCGCCUGAGGAAGAGGAGGAGAAGCCACCGGAGCUGGAAUUGGAAGAGGAGUCUAAUGAGGGUGACGGCGAGGAGGAGGAUCCCGAGGCGGCAAAGAGGAAGUCUACAACGAAGAAGAGAAAGCUCCCCCCUUUGUUCAGCCCGGGGGUGCAUUACCACUGGAAGCAUUGCAGUGCCAAGAGCGGCCACCACUAUAGCCCUUGUGUGGAUUUCGAUGGGGAUGGGAGUCAGAGGCACCAUGAGCGCAGCUGCCCGAGGUCCCCGGUGACGUGCCUGGUGUCACUGCCCAAUGAGUAUAAACAGCCUGCUCCAUGGCCGGAGAGGAAGGACAAGGUUUGGUAUGGGAAUGUUGGACAUCCUAGGUUGUCAAGUUAUGUUAAGGGUCACAAUUGGCUUAACCGCACCGGCGAGUACUUGAUGUUCCCACCGGAUGAAUGGGAGUUCAAAGGAGGUGCGAGACACUAUGUUGAAUCAAUUGACGAGAUGGCACCUGACAUUGACUGGGGUAAAAAUAUUCACAUAGUAUUGGACAUCGGAUGCAAAAGUGCUGCCUUUGGUGUUGCUCUACUUGAGAAAGAUGUGAUAACGCUAUCUUUAGGCCUUACAAAUGAUCAAACAGACCUUGCGCAAGUUGCCCUUGAACGUGGCAUCCCUGCAACAGUUGGAAGUCUAGGAUCACGAAGGUUACCCUUCCCCAGUGGUGUAUUUGAUGCUAUCCACUGUGGUGAAUGCAACAUACCAUGGCAUUCUAAUGGUGGAAAACUUCUCCUAGAGAUAAAUAGAAUUCUUCGUCCAGGAGGAUACUUCAUUAUAUCAAGCAAAAGUGCUGACCUGGAGAGUGAAGAAGGAAUAUCAAAAUCAAUGACUGCGCUUUGUUGGAACGCAAUAGCUUACAAUAGCGAUGAUGUCAGUGAGGUUGGAGUAAAGAUAUUUCAGCGACCAGCCUCAAAUGAGAUAUAUGAUCUGAGAGCAAUAAAAGAUCCUCCAUUUUGCAAGGAAGACCAGAACAAAGCUACUACAUGGUAUAUUCACAUCAAACAUUGCCUGCACAAAGCACCUGUUGGUAUUGAAGAAAGAGGCAGUGACUGGCCUGAGGAGUGGCCCAAGAGGCUUGAGACUUUCCCUGACUGGCUUGGGGACUUGCAAACAAGGGUGGCUGCUGACCAUAACCAUUGGAAGGCUGUUGUUGAGAAAUCAUAUCUGGAUGGGUUGGGAAUCAACUGGUCAAAUAUCCGAAAUGUAAUGGAUAUGAAGGCUCUAUAUGGAGGAUUUGCAGCUGCAUUGGCUUCUAAAAAAGUUUGGGUCAUGAAUGUUGUUCCUGUGCAUGCUUCUGACAGCCUACCCAUUAUCUAUGAGCGCGGCCUGAUCGGUGUCUAUCAUGAUUGGUGUGAACCAUUUAGCACAUAUCCAAGGUCCUACGAUCUUUUACAUGCUGACCAUUUAUUCUCACGCUUGAAGAUCAGAUGUAAGCAACCUGUUGCAAUUGUGGUUGAGAUGGAUCGGAUUUUGAGGCCUGGGGGUUGGGCCAUCAUCAGGGAUAAACUCGAGAUCCUUGACCCACUGGAGACAAUUUUGAAAUCACUGCACUGGGAAAUUGUCAUGACCUUCAGAAAGGACAAGGAGGGCAUCAUGUCUGUAAGGAAAACAACGUGGCGGCCAUCCCUGGCCGAACCGGCAAGUCGGCACCCUCCCACACACACAGCCGCCGCGAUGCCUCCCUUCCCGACGGCGACCACCGCCUCCGCCUCCGCCACCUCCCACCUCGCCCUCCUCCUGGUCCUCUCCUCUUCCACCCUCUUCUUCCUCUACAAAUCCCUCCGCCUCCGCCGCAAACCCUCCCCGGCCCCCGCCACCCCGGCCCCGACCCUCCUAUACGCCUCCGCCACUGGGACCUCCCAGGCCCUCGCCGCGCGCCUCUCCGUCCGCCUGGCCUCCGAAGCCGGCGUCCCCGCCCGUGCCACCGACGCCGCCGCCUUCGAACCCGACGACCUCCCCUCCGUCCCUCUCCUCCUCCUCGUCGUCUCCACCCACGACGGCGGCGCGCCCCCGCCCGCCGCCGCUUUCCUCGCGCGCUGGCUCGAGGAGUCCGCUGCAGACUUCCGCGCGGGGGCACUGCUCCUAUCCGGCCUCCGCUUCGCCGUCUUCGGGGUCGGGUCCCGGGCCUACGGGGAGACCUUCAACGCCGCCGCCAGGAGCUUUUCGCGGUGGCUGCGCUCGCUCGGCGCCGUCGAGGUGGUCCCCCUCGGGAAGGGCGACGUGGAUGGCGGGGAUCUCGAGGCGGUGUUCGAGGAGUGGAGUGGGAGGGUGUUGAGUGUGGUGAAGGGGGAGGAGGUGGGCGAGGGGGUUAAUGCAGAGAGCAAUGGGCUUGAUGAGUUAGAUUUGGAAGGGGAGGAGUCCGAUGACGAUGAGGAGGAUGAGGUGGCAGGAGGGGAGGUUGACAUGGAAGACAUUGCUGGGAAGGUGCCGUCAAGGAGGCAGAAUGGGAAGGUGGAGGGUGGUUUGGCGAAUGGAGGGGAGAACGGUGUGAAGGAGAUGGUCACACCAAUCAUCAGGACGAGCUUAGAGAAACAAGGCUACAAAAUAAUUGGUUCGCAUAGUGGAGUGAAGAUUUGUAGAUGGACUAAGUCACAGCUCCGAGGACGUGGAGGGUGUUAUAAGCACUCAUUUUAUGGCAUAGAAAGUCACAGAUGCAUGGAGGCAACUCCAAGUUUGGCUUGUGCAAAUAAGUGUGUAUUUUGCUGGAGGCAUCACACAAAUCCUGUUGGAAAGAGUUGGAAAUGGAAGAUGGAUGAUCCUCUUGACAUUGUAAAUGCCGCAGUUGACCAGCACACUAAGAUGGUUAAGCAAAUGAAAGGUGUACCAGGAGUAAAGCCAGAAAAACUAGAAGAGGGUCUAUCACCUAGACAUUGUGCAUUAUCUCUGGUUGGUGAACCAAUAAUGUACCCUGAGAUAAAUGCUCUGGUUGAUGAGCUACACCGCAGACAUAUAUCGACCUUUCUGGUUACAAAUGCUCAAUUUCCUGAAAAGAUUAAGAUGUUGAAAGCAAUCACUCAGCUGUAUGUCAGUGUGGAUGCAGCUACAAAGGAAAGCUUGAAGGCUGUUGAUAGGCCACUGUUUUCAGACUUCUGGGAGCGUUUCCUGGAUUCACUCAAGUUCCUGCAUGAGAAAGAUCAACGAACAGUUUACCGACUGACACUGGUUAAAGGCUGGAAUGCAGAAGAGAUUGAUGCAUAUGCAAAAUUGCUAAACCUUGGCCAACCCGAUUUCAUUGAAAUCAAGGGUGUAACAUACUGUGGCUCGUCAGCAACUUCGAAGUUGACAAUGGAAAAUGUACCUUGGCACUCCGAUGUACAGAAAUUCUCUGAGGUUUUGGCAUCAAAAAGCGGCGGUGUGUACGAAGUAGCAUGUGAGCAUGCUCAUUCAUGCUGUGUCCUACUCGCGAAGGUGGAUAAGUUCAAGAUAAAUGGCAAAUGGCAUACUUGGAUAGAUUAUGACCGAUUCCAUGAACUGGUGACAUCUGGAAAACCUUUCAAGAGCCAAGAUUACAUGGCCAUGACGCCUUCAUGGGCUGUCUAUGGUGCGGAGGAAGGUGGCUUCGAUCCGGAUCAAUCUCGUUACAAGAAGGAAAGGCGCCAUGGAGCUGCAGCCCUGAAAAAAUAAUCUUACAGCUAUCUCGGUUUUGGAUCAGUCUUCUUGCAAAGCCAUGGAACUACUACAUUUUGGAAGCCAAAAUUUUGGAAAGUUCCGUAUCAUUUUUUUGUGUGUGUUUGUGUUGUGCCAAUCAUUCCAAUUCUGGAUUAGUAAUGUAAACUAUGUAGUUUCUGAAUCAACAUAUUUUUUACAGCAUCUAGUUUUUUUGUGACACGUUGGUGUUUGUAAAGCAGUAAAAAUUUCUUCGCUAUUGAUGGGAUGCUUUUGUUCU